AUGGCUCAGAACAACUCCAACGGCAACAGCAACAGUCUCCAGGUCCCCACGGGUGACAACAAAUACGUCACUGUCUUUAACGAUCCUGUCAACUUCAAUGCAAAGCACCCUCUCAACAACUCCUGGACCCUCUGGUUCGAUAACCCGGGCAAGAAGUCCAAUGCCAACAACUGGGAACAGUCCCUCAAGGAACUCAUCACCUUUGAUACCGUCGAGGACUUUUGGGGAGUGUACAACAACAUCAUGAAGACAUGCGACUUGUCGGUCAGCUCCAACUAUCAUCUCUUCAAGCAGGGUAUCAAGCCCAUGUGGGAGGACUCUGCCAACAAGCACGGAGGAAAGUGGAGCAUCCAGCUGCCUCGUAACAAGACCAUGAGCGAUAUCGACAAUAUCUGGCUUUACACCAUGUUGGCCUGCAUCGGUGAGGCGUUUGAGCACGAGAGUGAAGUAUGCGGAGUCGUCGUCUCUGUCCGAAAGGCCUUCUUCAGGAUAGCAUUGUGGACUCGAUCUUCCGACAACCGCGACGUUGCUAUGAGCAUCGGUCGCACGUUGAAGGGCCAGAUCGGAGUUGAUGGAGCGUUUGAGUUCCAGCCUCAUCACGAUACCAAGACCGGCGGAAAACCCUGGGUCGUGUAA